GCAUAUCGACGAUUUCUCUCGUGCACGAGGUGCAUUAUGCUUAUGAAGCAUAUCCCUGUGCGUGACUCAUUUCCCUAAAAGCCGCCACCUCGGGCGCUGGUACGAGAGUCUCGCGACUAUCACCAUGCAUACGAUCGACCGUGAUGCAUCUUGCAGAGUCGCCUACUUUGAAAGUAAAUAUCAAUUUUCGCGACUUGCGUUUUUCUUCUUUUCUUUACUAAUAUUCUUUCGGCAUGAUAAUUAUUGUUAUACGUAUAGAAAUUUAUAUAUUUUAGAAUUUAACGAUUAUAGAAUAUAUUGUACACUGAAAAGCUUCCGAAGAAUGCAAAGAAAAUAAAUAAUACACUGAGAGAAAAAUUUCCAAAAUUUUAUUAAAUAUUUAUAUGAACAGUACUACUGAAACAUUUACUUACGGCACAUAAAUAUUUGCUGUAUAAGAAAAGAUACUUGAAUUAGUGAUUCUUGUGCUAAAUAAAUGUAUAUUUACAUUUAGUAAAGAUUGUAUUAAUACUAUUUAAAUAAAUAUUAUAUUUAUUAAAAUUUGAUAAUUUUUCCCUCAUUAGUGUAUUACGUUUAUUUUAAUUUUGUCAUUGCUCCUCGUUAUAAUAUUAAUAAUUCGCCAUUAAAAAUUAGGAAUUUAAUUACGUUAACGUCAAAAGAGCCCACAUACCGUCGUUUUGUUGCCAUAUUCUUUCCGAGCGCGUGUUAUACGCUUUCUCGAGAGACAGCGAUUCUCCUUUUUGCGUCUCUCUCUUUCUCCUCAUAGACGUAUCUGGUAUGCCAAGAGGGCUUUCGGCGCAUGAAAGAGCUCGUGUGCACGCCCAGGCGCAUCUCUCUCGAGAAAAGAGAGUCCAAGAGCCACAUGCCUAUUCAUACGUCCGCGCGUCAUAAUGCGUUGCCCGCGCGUGUGGGUGAGAACUCGCGUAGAAAUAUUUCGUUCGGCGCUUCCUGCUCGUUUAAUCAAUGACAUCUUUGAGCGUCAAGAUGCACGUCGAGCGUGGCUGACGCGCGUGUGUGAGCGAAGAUACGUCGGCGUGACGUGCCCGGCGCGAAAAACCACGCGGAUCCAGAGCGAGAUGUCUGAAAGAAAGAAAAAAGAGAAUACGCCGGGCACGCCUCGUUCUUUCGAUGAUUAUUUAUCGACUUCGAAACUCCGCAAUGCACUCUCGCGUAUCCCUCGCGAUCGUUAGUCGCGAUAAAUUGCGGCGCGACUACGUUUCGGGGAUACGCAAUUUUCGAAUUAUAAAUCAUCGUAACAUGAUCCCGGUUAAUUCGGCCCGUUGCCGCUGAAGUUUGUUACACCAAGUUCAACAUAAAUCACAAUGAAUUUCAAUUUAUGACACCCAGAGGCUACAAUAUUAAAAGUCGUAUUAAAAGUUACUCCUGUUGCGUAAGGAGCAUCGACACACAAUCCGAUCUCGGCUCAUAAACGAUUAAGUAUAAUCCAGUAUUAUCGCCGAUCUUGCCAGUAAAUCACGAAGUUAAUUUGUUAAUUAAAUAAGAUUAAGAUCAAUAAUUUCUCGUGUUAUUGCCUACAUUAAACUGCUCGUCAUUUAACUGUCGUGCAUACCGCGCGCCAAUCUGUGAAAUUUAUGGUAUCCUCUUUAUCGAUAAUGGCAUUCACACUUUCAUAUUUCAAUCUCUCUGCAACAGAGAUUGUGGAAAUCCGAGGAGCACGACACUCUGUCGAGUCAAACGAGUCAAACAAACAUUAGCAAUCGAUCGCAAUCGAUCUCAAAUGAUUCCAAGCGUUGAAAUAAGAUAAAAUAGGACUGGCAACGCACGCUGUGUUUAUUAUGCUGACUCGCGCCUGUGAACGCCCUUCUCCUUUCAGUUUCCCCAACACGGCCGGCGGACCGAGCUGUGUUUAUUUUCUUUGUACGCGUAUCGCCGUAAACAGUAAUUAUCGUAUCGAGAGGCUCGCGAGUUGACUCGAAAGUGUCGUGCCCGUCGUAGAUUACGGAGUAAUGCAAAAUGGAAGCGUUAAUUGGUGUACGGGACAACGAUGCGAAGACAAUGCGACCAGUUUUGUUUUCCCGCAAAUUUGGACGGCCAUGAUGAUUAUCGAUAUGACGUCACGGGAUCUAGCGGCGCGUCGGUCAGUUAACGGCCCACCGUCGCGGAAUCGAUGUCGCGGGGAAGUAUCAUCCCGCAUUUCGCGCAUAUUUUUCCCUGUUCGACGUGAGUUUCGUGCUGGUAGUGUCGAGGGUGUCGAAUUCGGCGACGGACGAACGCGAUGAGAUGUAAAGUCGGCGCGUAACGUGAAGCACGAAGUCGUCCCGUCGGCCGUUCGCAUAUCGGUGUCGCUAAUUGCGCGUUGUCGUUCUAGCAUCGCGUCAGUGUGAAGUUGUCUCCGUCUCGCGAGGCGCUCAGUUGGUGUAGCUUCAUGUGAGGAACGUUAAAUUUGACGACGGACGAUCGUGAAGCAUAAAAUCGGUGUGUAUGGUCGCGGAUCAAUCCGUCCUUCGCGAUUUCAGUUUCGCCAGUCGCGUUCCGUCGGACGCUCGCGAGCCGUCGGAAAGGUUAUGUACUACCGUCGCGGUGUUGGCGUGAAGUUGCCUCUAAUUACAAUUCGCUGAACGUAUUUCAAAGAGUGCCAGGAGUGUCGAGAGAUCGAUCGUCGCGAGGCAUAAAAUCAGGCAUACGUGAAACCUAAAGUCGAUUCGUCCUCUUCGCGAUAUCGAUCUCGCUAAUCGCGCCUUACCGAAGGUUAGGUUCUAGUCUUCGCCGCGUCAGUGUAAAGUUGUCUCUGUCUCGCGAAGUGCUCAGUGUAGUUUUGGGAAUGUUAAGAAUGUUGAAUUUGAACAACGGACGAUCGCGAAGCAUAAAAUCGAUGUGUAUGGCCGUGCGUCCUUUGCGAUUUCAGUUUCGCCAGUUGCGUUCCGUCGGACGCUCGCGCCGUCGGAAAGGUUAUGUACCAGUGUCGGUGUGAAAUUACCUCCGUUUCGCGAAUCACUCAGUGUAUUUCAGAAGUGUCAGGAAUGCCGAAUCUGGUGAAUCAUCGUCGUGAAGCAUAAAAUCGUACGCGAACUGUUGUGAAUGAUAAUACCGCGAGUAUGGUCAGAUGCGAUGUUGGAACAGUGGCGAAGUUAACCGAAUUGUAUCGGUUGGCGGCGGGACCGCCGGUGCAGCUGGAACCAGUGGACCUGUCCGUGAAAACUCCUGUGGUGCUGCAGGUGCCACAGUACAAGGCACCUCCGGCGGUGAUAAUUAACGCCAUCGCAAGAAGAGUACCGUCGCCCUCGACGACGCCCACGCCGCCGCCGCCGCCGCUGCUCUGCGUAUCUACCGCGUCCCCAUCCUUGCCAACGUUGGGCGAAGCGGCGUGGGACAGAGAUCACGAUCGUGAUCGAAGCCGGGAGAGAAACCGGGAGCGCGAGCGCGAGAGGGUGCGAGAGAGGAGCGGCGAGAACGAGAGGGAACGUCAGCAGGAACGAGAGCCCGCGAUCAGGGAGCGGGAGGUGCGGGAUCGAGAAAGGGAACGGGAACGUGACAGGGAGAGACAAAGGGAGAGGGAUAGGGAGAGGGACCGGGAGAGAGAUCGGGAGAGAGACGUGUCGGUCUGCAUGAUGGAGCCACCCGAUCUCUCCUCCUUCAUCUCCCCUUCCGCGGCCCUUCUCGCCCUGCAGAGGAUAAAGGACGCUUCUCUCGUGUUCCACAAACGUCCGCUAGCAGCGGGUAUCGGUUUGGGCGGUAGAGGAAACGCCGGCGUUGGCGGAAACGGCGGCAAUUUAGGUGUCGACGGCGAUUGCGGUGACGCGCUGAAGAGACGCAAAGUUCACAGAUGCGACGUCGCCGGUUGCGACAAGGUCUACACGAAGAGCUCGCACCUAAAGGCGCACAAGAGGACUCAUACCGGCGAGAAGCCAUAUCAGUGCACGUGGGAAGGUUGCACGUGGAAAUUCGCACGAUCGGACGAGCUGACACGGCACUAUCGCAAACACACGGGCCAAAAGCCGUUCAAGUGCCAUCUCUGUCAGCGAUCGUUUUCGCGAAGCGACCACUUGUCGCUCCACAUGAAGAGGCACUGAUGGUGAGGACCGUCUAGAGCCGCGCGACGCGAGAGAAAGAGCACGCCGAUCGGCGGGAGGAAAUGGAGGAAAGCUGGAGAACGGUCCUCGGCAAUCGGCUAACGAUUCCGAAUGACCCUAAGCGAGAAACGACGAUGAUAUUUCUUACAUUUGGGACCUGAAGAGCCGCGCCGCGCGCCGGCCCGUUCUGAGCCUCCUCGGAGGUCGGACCGGUCGGCCGGGCGGGCAGUAACUAGGAAAAAAGAGAAAAUAAAUCGACGAAGCACACAAAUCGCGUUCAUUAGAUAUUUAGCGCAUAACCGCGAGCUAAGUAAUCGCGACGCUGAUCAACUUCGGUCGGCAGAUUCUCUUCGGUGCUGUCUCUCGCAAGCCUUUCGACGGGAUCUCUCCGGAAAAGAAUGGGCCCACAGGCUGCGAUAAUUGGGCUGGUGUUGGAAUUACGAGCGUUGAAUAAUUGCGAGGGAAGAUAAUCGUUUUACCAAUUGUCGGGCUUUAACGAAGGUGCGUUUGCCGCCUCACGAUUUUGAGGAAGGAACGAUCCGCUUGCGUGAUCGAGAUCGCCUACAGAUUCGGCACGACGAGACGUAUCGUUAUACAUAUAUAUAUAUAUAUAUAAAUAUAUCUGUUCUCUUCUGUGUUUCUAGCCAAUUUUUACUCGUUCGGUUUUCCAGUUUGUUUUCUUUUUUUUUUUAUAUAUAUACAUUAAUUAAGGCCAGCUCAACUAGUCUAGAGCACCAUAUAUCGUAUGUAUCGCGAAGAAGAGAGCCAGUAAUAAUUAAUUAAUUAAUUAAUUAAGGUAAGUAAAUGGUUAGCAUGUAAGAGUUAAAGAAUAUAUCGAACUCCGGUGACGGAGCUUGGGACUUAGCAUGCUCAGUUAAAUAAACUACAAUCGUGAUCGUAGACACUACGUAAAGCAUUGAUAGAGCAAUUUUUCGAUUAUGCACAAAGAAUUUCGCGUUUAGAGACGGACAAUCAUUAACGUUUUAUUACGUAGUAAUGAAACGGGAUAAAGAAACGUCGGCAUACCAGAAGCCAGUAUUACGUAAUAAGCAAUAUCACCGAUGGCUUUAUACAUGUACGAUGCUUUCCGAAAAUCUCUUUUUAAGUCGUAAAAAGGGGUAGCCUUCUUCGAUCGUAAUUUUCAAGUCGUCAAAUUUGGAUUCCGCAUGCAAAGGUGCCAAAGUAGAAGGUGCAAUCACGAGAUAUCGUUAAUACCGCGUGCUUUACGAAAAGGGAGCAGCAUAAUCGAGUAAAUUAUUCUUUUCUAUCGCGCCUUGAGAUUUUCGAUCCUGAUCGCAUUGGCAUGGAGAUGCGUGUACGUUCGCGUAAACGAUAGUGAACAACGUUAUGUCGCAUUUUACGUGCGCAUCCUGAGAGAACUCAACAGCUCAAUAAAUAUCCGCAGGGCGCCGAAAUAUAUGCUCAAACACCCUGCGCCGAUUGUCGAAGGAACGAUUCACUUUUCAUAUAUAUUUAUGUCGUUCUUUACGACUUUCUGAUUUAAACGAUUUUAUCGGGAUGAUUUCACACGUUGUAAUUGGCGAUUUCGGGAUUGCGGAUUUGAAAGUGCAAUUUAGUAAUUAAAUUUUAAAGAUUAAUUAUUUACUAUGUUGCAUUAAUUAAUAAAAAAAAUAUUUAGCUUAUAUAUAUAUAUAAUUGUAGCUUCGUAAUUUUGGUUAAUAAUAUUAAGAGUAUAAAAAUGCAUAAUGUGAUGUAUAGACGGUGUAUAUUUAUUUAGUAGAGAAAAAAAAAGUAAUUGGCUGUUGGACAUUAUAGAUACCGAAAUCGCUUAUUCCGAGUGUCGAACGAUCGAACCUGUAAUGGGCACGAAAAUCUCAAUGUGCGCUCGCUUGAUAUAUCGUAAUAUAUCGUGUACAUAAUCUCUAGAAACUUUGUGGAACACGACACACAGACACACACACUGCGUAGGUGGCAGAUGUUAGCAUUAGCCUGUUUCUUUAAACCGCGUUUACGCCGCUGCCUGAGCACGGCUAAAGUUUUAGUUGGGACACCUAUCACACACGAAGCCAGUUGAGACAACGGAACAAGAUGCCAGUAUAUGCUAGAGCCAGUUUAUAUCAUUAAAGAGAAAACCUCUGCGUGUAAGAUUAAUGCGAGGGUCGAUAAAUUAACAUUUGUUACGUGUUGUACUCUGAUAGGGGAUAGUGCCUUCUAAUGUUAAGGAAGGGGGACGCUGCGUUAGGCCUUAAGUAUUACUGUUAGUGCCUUAAGUCACGCGAAUCUUCGUGCUUGUACACCUUUCAUAAUCCGAGCCUACGAAUCCUCGCCCGGAGGACCAGUUCGGCGCGCUUUAUGGUAUCUUCCCUGCAGAAGUUACAAAUCGGACGUCACGUCGGCUCCACACGAAGCUCUGUUAAACGUGCGCGAAGUUUUUGGUACUAGAGAGCUACUAGAGAUUGAAUCCGGGAAUGAAAAUUAUAUCAGAGACGGAAUUGAGGAACGAGAUAUCACAUUCGUAAUGAUAUAGAAUUUUAAACGAAAUUUUUAAUUGUCUAUUGAAUGUCGAACGACACUGUGAGAUUCGGUAUAUUUGAUUGGCACGUAUUGACAUAUCUUAUAUUCCUGGCGGAAAGCGUCGACCUUUCUCUCUCUUUUUUUCUUUUUAUUUUAAGCGAAACGUUACGAUUAGUCCUGACCGGUUGAGAAUAAAUCGAAUAAAUUUUAUUAUUUCUCUAUAACUUUUAUAAUUUAGAAGAUAAUUACUUAUGCAUCUUCACGCAUUUCUGUAUAGAUCUCAUUGCAUGCUAUCAUCUUGGAAUAUCUUUCUAUUAUCUCAUACAAUCCUCAACAUAUCGCAUAAAUUGAUCUAGGACGGAUAAAUAAUAAUCUAACUUAUCUAACAUUAUAUUGCUUUUUUUGCAUAAUGUAUUACGCAGGCUGCUGGACAGUAGAAUCUUUAUAGGCAGAACUGACGAUAGCCAGACGUUUUUCACAAUAUACGAAUUAUUUUCGUACAUUAUUAUUAUCAUAAAAUUCGAGAGGAGUAUCUAUACUAUUUUGAUCGUGCUGAUCGUUUAUCUUCAAGAGAAAUAUUUCGAAAACGGCCAUCAAAAAGAAGCGCUGAGCGCUAUUUGAACGGUGAAAAUAUAUUGACGUACAUAUUGACGUCAAUGCGCGGUAUUUUAAUGUCAAAUGUAACGCCACUGUCUUUCGUUAACUUUCGCUCAUAUAUUUGUGGCUUGACGUAUGUUGUCACUUUUUCCUUCAACAAAUUACAUCCAAAUGUCUGAAUGCUCGUAUAUUAACGGAAUAUCCAAAUCCCUCUUGCGAUAUUCAGAAAAAUUAAUUGGAAAUAUUGAACGUUUUAAUCUAAACCAUACAGGACUUGGACAAUUGGAGCUUCAGUCUUCGUAACCUUUUGUUAAGAUUAUCGUUUACUGUUGAAGUCAUAUCUAAUUCGAUUAUCAGUUUGUAAUCGAUGUUGUUGCUUAUGUUUAUAUGUUACAUCCAAUUUCAUUUCUUAGAUAAGAUGUAAAUUUAAUUCAAUUGCUCUUUCAUUUUGGUUGUCAGGUUUUAAGUUUUCAUUUUAGAUUCUUUAUGCAUAAUAAUAAAAUGUCUUUCAAGAUUGAGAAAACGUGGUUUCGUCAAUAAAUAUUUAGAUAUAGUUACGAAUGUAUAAAAAAUUGUUUAUACAUUUAACAUAAAAAAAAAGAAUAUUCGAUAGGUGUGUAUAAUAUUUGCUAAUUUUCCGUAAAAUAUUUGCUCACUCGCUCACAUUCGGUCGGAAAAGCGUUUUUAUAUUUGCAUGCGGCACGUGGUAUUGAUCGUUAUUGCUCAUAGGUUUAAGAAGCGCUCGAAAUGCAUGAAAUAAGUAACUAUUUGCGUGCGUUAAAUACCGUCCUUUUAACGGAAAGAUAGAAACGAAUCAUUGAACAUUCCUGCUGCAAUUAGCGCACGAGAGUUCAUUGAAAUUUAUCAGAAUUUUCUAGUGUCAUUAGGGAUUUUGGUAUUCCGGAAGAACGGAAAGGACUACGGAUUUACAUUCCCCGAGCACACACGUUCCUAUGUCGAAAAAAAGAGUGCGUGUAGCUUCAAGAAAAUUCAAUGCUUUACGCGUAUUCGAGUGUCCCUCGUUUUCUAUUUCUCUCUAUCUCUCUCUCUCUCUAUAUAUAUAUAUGUGUAUAUAUAUAUCAGCGCUUAUUUCUCAUGUUAAUGCACGACUAUUCAAUUCUCCGUAGAAGGCGAACCGUGAAUGGAUAAGGAAGUAGGUAAACGAGCUUCAUAUCUGAAUUUUCUUUGAGGGGCCCCGCCCAGGAAAAUUAGCAUUUCAAGUGCCUUAACAGACGUCAACUGACAGUUAACUAAUCGGGAUUACGCAGUCGCGCGGGCUCUAAGUCACCGCGAGUCGCCAAGUCUCGGACGCGGGUCAUUUAUAUUUGGCACACCUCAGCGAGUCUCUGGCUCUAAAAAAAAAAAUGGAUAAAACAGCAGCGAUUUACAUGCGCGACACGCGCGAAGAGGUAUUCCGUCGAUUACGAUCUUAAUAGUAACUCCGGAAGAAGCGCCACCGCUACGCUUCGACGAUGUUUCUCCACGCGUUUGCGUUUCCGUAAUGUUGAGUGACAUCGAGCGCGAUUAUUCGAUAAAUCUUACUUGAAAUUUAGGUAUUUCGAGCGAGCCGAUAGUGUGAAGGACUCAGAAAUGAAAUCGGCAUUUCAAGUGAGAAGAAACUUCGCGUCAGCAUGAAAUAUCGCAUUCCAAGCAUUUUCUGGGAAAGAUAUGACCGGUCCAGGAGAAAGUUAAGCGUAGCUUUAAAAGUUUAGGCGAUCCAACAAUGAGGCAUAUCAUUUCAGAAAGAGAUUACUGUUUGUCAGUUUCUUGUAUCAUUGUUUUAUCAAUUUUGACGUUUUCAUUAUUUCCAGUAUUAUUUUCUUGACGUCACGUCAUUUGUAUGAGGAACGACUAUGUGCCGAAUGUGCUGAAUGUGCAAUAAAAGCUUCACGUCGCUUCGCGAAUAGUUGUGUAUAUCUUUCUAGUAUCAAUUUUGUCUCUUAAACUUGCACAUGUAUGGAUAAGUUAUUGAAAACCACUAUUUUCCUUUUCUUUAUUAUUAUUAUUUUUUUUUUAAUAUUAAUUGCAUGCGUUUCUUUUUAAUUAUCGUUUAUGGUGUGCAUGAUAUUUUAGUGCUUUCGUAUCACAUACAUGAGCAUAAUAGGCAAUACACGCACGAAAUAAAUAGUACAAGACCGAUGCUUGAUAAAUUAAAAUAAUUCGUGACUCGAAAAUAUGAAGUAGGAAUAGAAUAAUUAAUCGCAACGAUUCCCGACGCUUAUGUUCAACAUUAAUUUACAUCAACGAUAUCGCGUAGUUUCCUGAACUAGCGAGCACGCUUCAUCUCGUAGGAUAUUUUUACACAUUUUAUCUAUCCAUUUUCAAGCGGUAACUCUUGCUUUCGCUUUUCUCUCGACGACUUUCUUUCUCUCGUCAGAUACCAGAAUGCCGCGGUACGUGUCUCGAUAGGCGACCAAGAGAUAUUCUUUAUUUUUAUAUUACCGAAAGUACUACGUGCGAAAUACGAGCGUCGUACGAUAAUCUCUACGACAGGUUACAACGCGAAAUAACGUCGCUGUCUGUAGGUUUCGACACGGACUUUCACGCGAAUUUGACGAACGGAACUACUAGGCGUUAAGGUAGAACUUAAAGGAAGAAUAAUUAUUGUGUACAUAGUAUGUAAAUCAUUCUUCGCUUGAUGAUCGCCGAUCGACGGAUCGGCGGAUUAGAAUAGCGUGAUUCUAUCUAAAUAAUAUAAUCAAUGGGGGCCAGUAAUUCUCUCUCGGAUCUCGCACGGAUUUAUACACUGCGGUGUGCGCAGCGCAGCCCGAAUCGCAAAUUUCAGCACGGCUUCGUGUCCGAGAAUAAGUAUACAUGCCAAUAGGCAAGUAUGCUUAAACAAUUUUUAUGGUAAUUUGCCACAGAAAUGUUUUUUUUUUUUCUUUUCAGUACAAACCAUAGUGAUAUCGAACAUUUCCAAUAUUCCUUUUUUUCUUUCGAAUCUUAUCGACAUUCGUCUUCGGGACGGACGAUAUUUCGUGCAGCGAAUAUUAUUUUUAGAUCUCAUUUUUCUUAUGGCAAUAGGUGCACGUCGCUAAAAUUUGGAAGAAGGGCGAAAUACUUGCGCGCCACUAACUAUUACCUUUUAAGCAUAAUUGUAUAUGUUGCGUAGAAAUGUAGAUCAAUAAUAAUAUAUUAUGAAUCACUGUAUAAACGAAGGUAUUAUAUGCUUGGUAUUUUCUAUUGUACCACGCAGCGCUUGAAGAUGGUCUCUAUCGUACUGUACGCACAGAAGAGUUCGUUAGUUAAAUGAAAAGAAAUUUAUAUAUACAUAUAAAUAUAUAUAUAGAGAGAGAUAAAUAUAUAGAUAUAUUGUAAAUGUGGUUGUAAUCAUAUUACUGUUAUCGAUAUCGAUAUAUGUCUUUGAUUUGGAUAAUUUAUUUAUUGCAGCGAAAGGAAAUGGAGAAUGUAUAAUUAUUGUACUCCGCGGAAAGAUGAAUAGUGAAAUAUAUAUUGCGCACGAAAAAUUAUAUAUAUAUUAUAUAUUUAUAUACGACAUUAUCGUAAAAUGCCGGUGACGUUUUUGUACGAGAAAGUCCUAAAAGUAUAUAUUCGCGGCCGAGAGUACGGCCGUUUGAGCGCGUUUAUUGAUUAUAAUUAACUUGCGAUUCCUACUAUGGAAGUGAAUCUUAUAUCGUAAGAUCCGGGUGGUACGGUCGUGGCCGACGUGAUUUAUUGAAAUAAAUAUAUCGCCGUUCGAUCGAGCUGCAGCGACGUGCGAUGUACGUACACAUGGCGCACCGUGUUGGUCCCGUGUGUGUGGUGCAGCCACGCAUCUGCCUCGGUAAUCACACUAUCGAAACGCGUUGGUUACAUAUUUUAGAUAAUACUUAUUAUCAUUAUCAUUAUUACGAUUCUUAUUAUAAUUACUACUCUAUUGCUAUUAUUAUUAUUGUAUUUGGCAGGGUUACGACAUUAAAACCGAAAAAAAACAUGUCA